ACAGAAAGUCUCCGUGCAACUGUCAAAACCAAGGAAAUCUAUCCGAAAAUCGCUGUGGUGAAUGAUUAUUCGUUGACCACUGGUCAAAAAAGUUCGCGAUUGUUUCACUUGAUCAUUGAAAGAUAAAAGUUUGUUUAGCAAAUUUUUCAGUUUUUCCCUUUUCUCCGUAAUCAUGCACACAUAACCCGACAGCAGUACCAGCCAUACAAUGAACCUUCAAUCUUUGUUCCAGGACUUCAAUCCGAGCAAAUUUGUGGUGCAUUGCUGUUUGUUUACAUUUACGGUUUUGUUUAGCCUCCGAUUAGAUGAUUACUUAGACUGGCCGUACUGGGUGAUAUUUAUACCGCUCUGGUUAUGGAAAUCUGUUGCCACAUUGGGUGCGAUCGUUGGUGCAGUAGUAUGGUGUCGCUACCCACAUUACAGAGUCGAAGGAGACUCUUAUUCUCACUUCAAGGCAAUGUUAAUAUCACUUUCACUUCAUUUGAUUCUGCUAAUGUUCGAGUUACUGGCCUGUGAUAGGUUAACAUCUGGCCGACACCUCUGGGUCCUGGUGUUUAUCCCUCUAAUUUUUGGUAGCGUCGCCAGCGUUGGUGCUUGUGUAUGGGCUGUUAAACACGACCGCUCAUUUGAGUUGGAACUAUUUUGCGCAGUGAACGCUCUUCAGUUCGUAUUUCUACCACUUAAGCUAGACGGGUUCGUUUCCUGGAGCUGGGAAGUAGUGUUCGUACCUUUGUGGAUUGUUCUUUGCCUGAGCCUGGUGGCGGUGUUGUAUAGUAUAAUCUUUUGUGGAAUCCUGCUGAGAACGCCCGAGGUUUCUUCACAGCAAAAGAAAUCGGCCAUUAACUCAGCAAUUGGCAACUGCGCCACAGUGCUUCCGAUCCUCGUGUUUCAGGUGUUACUGGCGGACAAGCUGGACGAAGAUCUAGACUGGCCUUUUAUUGCAGUUUGUGGACCGCUCUUAGUUGCGCUUUUCGUUCUGAUUUUAUUGAGUUUCAAUGCCAAAGGUGGCAAUAAAUGGUGGUUUGGUAUAAGGAAAAGCUUUUGUCAGUUUCUACUGGGCGUACUGCCUUGCCUGCAGGAAUAUGGAAACAUAUCAUAUCACACAGAAAGUGGAGGUCAAAACGUUCCCCUGGACACCACGGUGCAGCUGGAAGAGUUCGAAAAGUACGGCGGCAAAAAGGGUAAAAAGGCGCUAAGCAAAAAAAGUGAUCACCUCAAACCGGUUGUGCCCAUUAUCAGUAUCGAUUUGCCAGAUUAGGGUCAAAUUACUCAAAAAUUAUGAGGGUUUUAUUUCGCGAUAAACCCGUACUACGAUUUUAGCGCAAAUUAACAGAUCACUAGUUUAGUAGGAGUUUAUUGCAUUAUUAUUAUUAGGUACGAUAUUGGGAGCUAUUAAUGGCGUUCAGAUAGGAUCAAUCGUUUAGCUAGCUGAACAUUGAAUUCAAAGUCUACAGCAAGCAAUGUAAAUGCUUAGGAAUGUGAUUGAUAAUAACCUUAUCAUUUUGAAUAAAUGAAACUCGCCAUAUUACUUCAUAUUUUUUCCAACUAAAAAAAAACUUCUGCACUACAUUGUUCUUUUUGCUUAUUGAUUUAGUCCAAGCUAGCGACAACUGUAAUAAUAUAGUAAGCUAUUUUAUAAUCCUAUUUAUUUACCCUCUAAGAUCAGUUCAAGAUUGUUGCAAAUAUACCUAUCGGCGAAUUGCUGCAGUAAGAAAUAUAACCAAUCUGUAUCCACUUUUGUAACAAGAUUCAUUAUUUAAAACUCGAUUCUUGGUUGUAUAAAAUGACAAUAUGCAGCAGUUUUGUAUGAACAGCCAAUGUACCGAAACAUGCGUUAGUAUUUGGCUUGACCGGUUCAGACGGUAGAAUGAUGUUAUGGCAAACAAGUCGCAUGCUGCGAACUGUGAUGGGGAGGGCGGUUUGUAAAUAUAAACCCGUGAACUGGUUA